AUGGAUGAUCAGGCUCCUACAUUCCUUAUUCCACGCCGGAAAAUAGUCGCUGUUGAACAUCCUAUGAUAGUUAGAAACCUUGACAAUGGCAUAAAAACAUUCGGAACGAAUCUUCCAUUUGAGAGGAUAAUCGACUCCGAGGAUCCCGAAGAUUGCGUGCCCUUGUAUCUCCGUUACAAUGACAAGAUGUGUGUUCCUAUUCUAUCUCGCAAUACUCCUACCAACAAUAUAUUGCUCAAAAUCACUGUACCAAAACGGACGGGGCGAAAGCGGAAACGUGGAAGCCAGGAACCUUUCUCCGGAGUAGGACUCAACGCGACCACACCAAACCUAGGAAAUGAGACGCCCUACCUACGAUCUCAAGGGGGAUUAGAUGCACCUAUAGAACUUCAACGCAAGCUCAUUGAUAAUGUGGGUAGGUACUCAAUUGAAGUAGUAGGAGAGAUUCGUCAAACUCACCGGUACAGAUGCUUAACAGAUUUCCACUUCUCUGUUGCUAACACUAGAUUCUACUCUCAAUUCCGCGAUUCUGCCCUCGUCGGCCAAGUGGACAAACUCAGAAAAUUCGAUUUCAACUACAGUAAGGGUGUUGUGCCAAACGAAGAAAUAAUGCCUCCUCCAACAAUGACGUCUCAUCCUCUUCAGUUCAAUUGGCAAUGGCAUCAGAAUGGUAAUAUUUUUGAAGAAAAAAUAGGCGACAAAAAUAUCCUUGUCAACCGCUCAAAACCAAGGAAGACUGAUGUCCCAUAUUUGGCUCACGACGUUCCCGAAGUUCCUAGUGGUCCACCUUUUGAGCUACAGGAUGACCCAGGGGUUGAAGAACUUGUGCAAGAGUUGAAGGUUGUUUUGGAGGAACGUCCGGUGUGGACCAGAAGAUCGUUGACAAAUCGACUAGCUCAAUCAAGGUAUCUUUUCCUUCUCAGAGCUGCUAUUCAAUUUGUCGCAUAUCAGUUCAAAGGAGGUCCUUUUCGGGACUCAAUUAUCAAAUAUGGGAUUGAUCCUCGCAAAGAUAAAAAGUACAGGAAAUACCAAACCUUUUUUUUUAAAUUACUUGAUGAAGAAGAAAGAGGCCAGGGAAUGGGAUGGCAUGAUCCUCGCAUUCCCUAUAAUCAAGAGGCUGCUGUCAAAGAAAAAGUUCCAUCGCACAUAUUUGAUGGUCAAAAUUUGACUAUGGAUGGCAAAGUCUGGCAGGCCUGUGACAUAACAGAUCCAAUGCUCAAGAGAAUCAUUGAAAAUUCACCCUACCGCGAAGACUUUGAUAUCAAAGAAGACGGCUGGUUCUGUAAUGGAGCUAUUUCGAAGAUCAAGUCAAUUAUGAAGACAAAGCUGGAGGCAAUUCGGAUGCAAAAACGUCUAAUGGAUCAAGAUUUCACCAUUGCCCUGAGCGUACCUGACUAUAUUCCGGGCAAGCUAAGCAGAGAAAUUAGACCAGCCUUGCCAGAUAUAAGACUAUCGUCCGAUGAAAUCAACUCACAGAGAAUGCGUGGUAAGCUCCAGGUUGUAACUAGCACUGGAGUACGCCGUCGAGAUAUAAUGGGAAGGAUAAAAAGAACCAGGGGAUGGGGACAUCAAACCAUGAGAAGCGAGAGUAGUAGGAGUAGAGCUCAACAAAAAGAAAACUUGCUACGUCAAAAUUCUAACCCUAGGGGUCUCAUUUCGACGCGCUCUAACACACUUGUGGAUAAAAGCACACCAACUCGAUCUCGCAAUGAUCGAAACUUAGCGGUCGCUAAUGAAGCAACUGAUAUAACAAACACUAACCUCGAAUCUAUCACGGGCGAGAAUGACUCAGAUGGCAGCGUAGGCUCAGAGGACGAUCUAGAAAUACAGGAUGAGAAUGGCUUGGAAUUUAUCGAAGCAGAUUCUUCAGAACAUGAUGAUGAAUUCCCUGAUAUCCCUAGUGAUGUCGAAGUAGAUGACUGA